UGGCAGCCCAUGGAAAUUUAACUCAUAUUCUUGUUGUUCGCUCAUUACUCAUUUGCUGCGGGUGAGCUGCGAACUGCAAAUCCAAUCCUCGUCCGUCCUGCGUUUUGGGAUUCAACAAAUCCAUUUCAAUCUCUUCAACGGGAAUUCAAGAUGAGUUAUCACCAAGAAAAUUACCCUCCUCCAGGUUAUGGGACGGUAUAUCCUCCACCGGCAGGCCAUCCCUCGGCACCACCCUCGGGCUUCCCUUACCCACCGCCUCCAGGACCUGCCGGUGGUUAUCAGGGAUAUUUUGAUGCAGGUUACCCUCCACCUCCUCCGCCUCCUCCACCCCAGGUUUACCACCACUACGAUCAUCACCAUCAUCAUGAUGAUCAUUCUGGUUGUACCUCCUUUUUACGAGGCUGCUUCGCUGCCCUUUGUUGCUGCUGUAUAUUGGAGGAAUGCUGCUUCUGAGUUUACAAGCAUCUGCAUGGUGUAUCAGGGGUGUGUUGUAUCAGUCUUCCUUUUCACACUCUUGGAAAUAUGGGUCUCUAUGCCUUGUUCCAUGUCUAAUGAUGUAAGUUCUAGUUCUGAAUAAUUUGUUAUUCAUGCCCUUGAAAGUAGUAUUUGAAUGGUGUAUGAUUGUAUGGAGAUGCUUCAACUAUUAAAUGUUGUAUUUGUUCCAGCUUGUGAAACUUUGUCUCAGACAACACUGAAAGUGAUUCUCAUGCUUUCUUGACAUUUUGUGUGUGUGUGUGUUCGCGUGUUGUAAUAAUUACAUCAGCAGCUUCACCUUUUA